AUGGCGGGCGCCUUUGCCCAUAUGCCCCACAUGACCAUCUCCCUACUUAUCCCCCUCCUCAGGAGCCCAGCACUGGAGUGGCCGUGUGCCCAAGGUUGUCAUGAUGGAUUGAGAUUCCCAAUGGGUCAAACACAGCGCCUGUGGCUACUAGCAAGUUUAUGUCAGGUGGUCUUGCUAACCUGUGAAAAACAUUCAAACACUGUUGAGGUUGAAGUUCUUUUUCAGCCCUUUAGUCAAGAUUCAGACAGCCACAGGGUCACCUGCAGACCUGCAAGUAACCAUCUGGUAUAUGUGAAGAGCUUCAAUGACUCAGCAUGCUCCCAUCACUGCAGGAUAUUAUUGAGAAUGGUUGAGGAUCAGAAGGGGUAUAACAUCACGCUGAGAGCCAGCAGGAGUGAUGCGGUGCUCGAGACAAAGACCUUUCACUUCCUUCCAGUGUCCACAUCCUCCUUUAAUGUAUACAGCACAACCACCACCGCCCUUCUGACAUGGAAACUUCACAGGCUGCAGACCCUGUCCUCCAUAAGCCUGUACAACACACACACAGAAACUGUCGUGCACAUCUUCAACAUAAACUCUUCAGAAGUAAAAUCCCAGUAUACAAUGAAAGGUUUGCAGCCGGGCACACGCUUCAAGGCCAAAGUCACAGUGACUACAUACCUCAAACAGUUUAAUAUGACCUUGAAGCAGAGACUCAGAAUUCGUCUGGAAACAGCUCAGUGCCCACCUGGCUGGAUGGCCAUUGGGGGAAGCUGCUACACUGUGAGAAGAACAGGGUUGACCUGGAGUGAUGCACAGUACAGAUGUUCAGACCUUGCAGCUGGAAGUCAUCUGGCUAACCUGAAGAGCCUGGAAGAUCUGGUUUUUAUAUCUUCUUACCUCCUGUCCCAGAACAACUUGCUGCUGCUAUGGACCGGACUUAAUGACCAGCAGGAAGAGGGCCGACCUCUCUGGUCUGAUGGCUCAUCAUAUAACCGAACAAACACUAUGAAGACUCUGCUACCAGCCAACCAGACGGACUGCUUCGCUUUCCAGAGGAAUGCCACGGGGCCGGGAUUCUUUCUCACUCCAUUCUUCUGUAACAUCCCCUUACCCUUUAUCUGCCAAUAUCAAACGCCUUUAGUUCCUGCCUCAUUCUCAUUUGACCUGGUUCAGGUGACAGAGGACCUGGUAGAGCUUCGUUGGAGUGAUCUCUCACUCUGUAACUCACCUGCUCUUUCAUCAUUUGAGGUAUUCCUGCAGUACCAAGAGGAAGAAUACGGAGAGUGGGAUCCAAGUGAAGAAGAUAGGCAAAGGAAGCAAGAGGACCAAAUGGGCACAAAGAACCAGAGCACCCCUAAAAAAAUUGUAAGGGUCCCCAUUUCGAUCUCUUCUAGAGGCGUAACUUUAGCAGGUUUAUCUCCAGGAAGCAUCUACUCCUUCACCCUUCAAGCGUCUCACCCUCCUGGCUUUGCUUGGAGCUUGGGACAAACACAAAUUGCAUAUACUAGACCUCAUCCUGCUCAAAAUAUCACUGUUGGUCCCAUUACAGCCAGUCACAUUAGCGUUCAUUGGAUGCUGCCAGAUGCGUCAUUUGUGGCUGGCUGGACUUUUGUUGUGCGAUAUGAAGACAUGUCUUCGAAACAGGAUGGUGUAGUUGGCAUGCCAAACAUCUCCAGGUCAUCUGGGUUGAGGUCCUAUACUACAGUAAUUGGAGGGCUGGAAUCUCACAGGAAAUACAGGAUUGAAGUAUACACAGUUACCGAGCAUGGGAUAGGGAGCUGUGGACAGGCAACUCUAACUGUAAAAACUGCGGUGAAGGCUCUCAGUGGUCUGGUAGUGAUAAGCACUAGGAGCAGAAAUCUGACUGUCUGUGGCAUCCAUCCACCCAGCGAUCCUCCAGACGGUUACUUUAUUACAUCCCAACCUCUUGACAAUCCUACUGCUCCUUUGUUGUGGCUAAACCACUCCAGCGCAGGUGGACUCUUGAUAAAUGGAUCCAUGUGCUUUAAUUUGGGCACAUUUACUCCUGGUCAGACGUAUGAAGUUGGAGUUGUUGCUCUGAAGGGAAAUGACAGGAGUGAGAGGUCUAGCGUCAUACACACCACAGCUCCCAUGCCAGUGCAGGUAGCAGUGCCUGUCUCGGUGGGUACAAACUACGCACAACUGUACAUCCAGCAUCCACAGCUGGGUGUGAUGGAUGGCGUAAAAGUGUGUGCGUGUCCUGGAGACUGGGAUACUGUUUGCAAGGGUUUGGGCAACUAUCUGUGUGACUGGUACUCCCUCGCUGCUCACGUUCGUCUCAUAAACCUCAGCAACCUCAGUCCAGGGUCACCGUACCAGCUCAGAGUGUACAGCACGAGCCGAGAGCAGUUGGGACCACCAUACUACAGCCGCCUCUUUAGAACAAGUCUGGCUCCUCCUAGCAGAGUAAGGGAGGGUCAGGUGACAGAUACAUCCAUUGAGCUGCUUUGGGAUCCUGCACCAGGCCAGGAUCACAGCUACGAGGUCAUCUGUCUCAACUGUGAAAGCUCACAGAAGGUGCAGAAGGUGUUGAGCCAGAGUGCAGUAUUUUCAGGUCUUACUCCAGGCUCGCUUCACCGAUUCGAAGUACGGACAGAGAAGCAGUCCUUUACUGACAGUCCACCAGUUAUGAUUAAUAUCACUGCAGCUCCCAGCCCAGUGGAAGUCUCUCUUGUCAAUAAAACCACAUCAUCCAUAUGCAUUAGUUGGAGUAUGUUGAGGGGAUUGGUGACUACACUCAUCCUGUCGAUCAAAAACAGAACAAGCACUCAGGAGCUGAUCACAUCUUAUCAGGAGCCCAGAUUAUUCUGCUUCAAGUGCCUCGCUUCUGGAAGCCAGUACACAGUUGAAGUUAUUACCAUCAGUGGGGACAGAAGAAGUAAACCUGCUACUAUGACUCUCUGUACUAUUCCUGAGGUGCCACAGGAAGUGACUCUUUCAGAAAACGCAGUGACGUCUGUGUCUGUCACCUGGAGACCGCCACCAGGACAGGUGAUGCAGUACAAGCUUCUUUUUGGCCUGCUGUCUGUAGACAGGAAGUCGUGGACCGAGGUGCUUGUCCAAGGCACAAGUUGUGAGGUGAAGGAUCUGAUCCCCGGAUCAGAUUAUGGGGUUAACAUUCAGAGUGUACUGGGCUCAGACUCCAGUCAGGCGGUCCACAAAGGGUUCAGCACAUGCCCAGCAGGAAUACACCAUCUCUAUUUAGAUCACAUGACCUCUUCUUCUGCGUCUGUGAGCUGGGACAGUACACAUGGAGAGUUUGACUUCCACCGAGUGAAUGUGACCAACACUUUAGUCACGUCCACACUCACCGUACCCAAGGAGAAGCAGGUUGCUGUGGUUACAGGGUUGCUGGGUGGCUGCAGCUACAACGUGACCGUUGAAAGAGUGAAAGGAGUGACAGCAGGACGCUCUGCGUUUCUGACUGUAACUACAGUGCCAGCCCCUGUGCAAGGAUUACAUAUCACAAACCUAUCUGCAUGUGCCUUCUCCUUGCGUUGGGAACAGGCAGUAGGGUGUGUGGAUCAUUACCAAGUAAAUCUGCUACCGAACCAAGGAAAUAUCACCAUGCACCCCGCACGUGACGGAUACAUCCAGGCCGAUGUGGUAAAUGUCAGCCCCAAGACACAAUACACUGUAACAGUCACAGCAGCCUCCUCCUCUAACAUCAGCCCUGGAGUCAGCCGCAUGAUCAACAGGAAUGGAAGUGUUCCUGGUCCACCUUUAGGCCUAGAGGGAGAAGCUGUCGGCUCUAAUGGCAUCCUGCUUUCCUGGAAUAUACCGUCUAAUGCCAAAGAUAUAGAUGGAUAUGUCAUAAGGUACAAGGAGGUGUGUCCUUACCCUGAUCCCGCUUUCACACAGGUGACAAAAUACCUGGAUAUACUAGAGACCCUGAUCACUGACUUCACUUCAGGAUCUACCUACCACAUUCAGGUAGCAGCUAAAUCUCCAUUUGGAGUAGGAGCAUUCAGCAAACCUUUAUACAUAAAGACAGCAGAGUCCCCCCCUGGCCUGGUGACCAAUCUCACAGCGUAUGCUCAUAACCACACCUUCGUUGUCCUUACCUGGUUCUUGCCACACCGCAUCAAUGGCCUCAUCACAAAGUUCGCCGUCAAAGCCAGAUUUGCUCGUACUGGGCAGAUUGUCCGUUUGCUGGAGGUCAAUGCAGUGGACAUCAUGACUGUAGCCCUGCCUCACUGCAAUGAUGCAGCUGAUAUCCUGUCCAGUGCAACUCUCAGUCCCUUGGAGAUAACAGCAUCAUCGCCACCCAUCACCCUCUCUGCUGUGCCCCCUGCAGCCUCUUGGAACGUACCCAUAUCAGUAGGAGUUGAUCAACUUCGACCUUACAUUGCCUAUCUAUUUGAGGUGUCCGCCUUCACCUCUGAAGGAGAGGGACAGGUAGCCUCCACUAUGGUUCGCAUGCCAGAAUCAGCUCCAGAAGACCCACCACAAAACUUCUCUGUAUUCAGCAUGACAUCCCGAUCAUUCUCUGUGUCCUGGAGCCCUCCCAGCAUCACGACAGGAAAGUUCUCCUAUGUACUCUACCUGUAUGGACCCACAGGUUUUAUGUAUGAGAACAGCACAGGAGAUAUGCGUUUUGCUUUUACCGGUUUGAAACCCUACAUGAGGUACAUAGUAGCCGUCCGAGCAAAAGCAGCUGGUGAGGUGGGUCCUGCAGCGAAGGGAGACAUCGUUACGCCUGCGGAAGCACCCAGUGCAGUGCAGCACCUGAUGGCAAUUGCUGAGGAUUCAGUUUCAAUUCGUGUAAGUUGGAAAAGCCCUGCCCAGCCCAACGGGCCCAUAAUCCAAUACAGACUCCUGGUGCUGGUUGAGGAAACUCUGCUCCAGGACAUCACGCUGACAGCAAAUACAACUGGUUUUUAUGAAAAUGAAACACGUCCACCUGAUGUCCAUAACAGUUCAAAGAGGCAUAAAAGAACUGCUGAGCUUGGUCUGAUCACAUCUCCACCAACUUUUACAGCCACUAUUUCAGACCGCACGCUGCACACUAGUGCUACUGCUUCCAGUUUCACACACUCUGGACUUAGAAACACUGAUUACAUCACUAACACGAAUGCUCAGCCAACCACUGACCCCAUGGCCACCAACAGGCCCAGCCCUGAUUAUGACACUGCCUCACGCUCUGACAACCCAAAUAUGCAGUCUUCUGACUCUGCAGUCUCUGGAACUUCUGCACUUUCUCUUACCUCUGUGCCAUCUGUUACACUUCCACCCUGGCUUACGAAGCAAUUACAUGCUGGGGAAGUGACCUCAGGCUCUGCCCCCUUGGCCCUCACCCCAGGCCAGCUUCGCUUGUCUACACUUGAUGCUUCAAUUACAGAACACUUUUCAACACGCAGCGGUGCUGUGUCUGGUACCACAGGGGUAACAGUGAGACAGGAGGUAAUGGACGUUCUGUCUGAGGAGUUGUCCUACUUGGUGUCAGAUCUAGUUCCCUUCACUGAGUAUACAUUCAGGGUCACUGCUUCCACCACUGUAGGAGAGGGCCCUGCUGCAGAUAUCACAGAGAAGACCAGGGAGCAGGUCCCUAGCUCCGUGCUUGAGGUAUCCUAUCAGAAUAUCAGCUCUACCUCCAUUCUAGUGAGCUGGACCCCACCCAUCAAUCCCAAUGGGCGGAUCACACAUUACACUGUUUAUGGUCUCAAACUGCCCAGUAAUCAAGGCCUGAAAUGGGUUACUAACACUACCAGCAUAUUGAUAACAGAUCUGGACAAAUACACUCCUUAUAAGCUUCGUGUAGCUGCAUCCACAGUUGUGGGGGAGAGCUCACUUUCUGAGGAAGAUGACAUUUUUGUUUUCACUUUAGAGGAUGAGCCCGACUCCCCUCCUGUAAACCUCACUGUGGUAAACACCACCCCCUCUACUGCCACAAUAGCCUGGUCUGCACCAGAGAAAGCUAAUGGGGCGAUCCAGCAGUAUGAGGUCCUGUAUGAGAAUGAAUCCUACUCUGCGCUGGUGAACACGUCUUCUAACAAAGUCACCCUGUUCAGUCUGAAACCAUUCUCCUUUUACAAUGUGUCUGUGAGAGCGUACACGCGUUACGGAAAUGGCAACCAGACAUCAGACACUUUAUACCUGCUAUCUGGAGAAGAUGUCCCGGGCAGUCCUCCAUAUGGGCUCUCCUAUGAAUCAGUUAGUCCCAGUGAGGUGAAUGUGACGUGGAUGCCUCCUCUGCUGCCUAACGGCGUCAUUAUUCACUACAGCUUAGAGAUUUGGAACUCCAGUCACUACCUGAACCUGACCUCGCGGACCAACUACAUCCACAUCACGCAUCUGAGGAAGUACGCACACUACCGCAUCGUAGUUCAAGCACACACAAGAGUCGGAGCAGGAAACUACAGCAGCGAGCCGCUCAACGUCACAACACUUGAGGAUGCUCCAGGCACACCUCCUCAGUUUCUCCAUGCCAGGAAGUUGUCAGACUAUGAGGUAGAGUUAUCAUGGCAGCCACCACUCGAGGCUAAUUCAGACAUACUCUACUACAUUGUCAGAGUCUGGAAUGAAACGACUGACCUGUGGCAGAAUGUGACAAAGACUUCGGUGGUUAUUAACGUGGACUCAGAGAGUCGCUACAAUGCCUCUGUCUCCAGCUGGACCAGACUGGGAGAUGGAGGAGUGCUGAUCUACAUCAGCUUUACCACAACUGAUGCAGAGCCAUUUGACCCCCCACAGAAUGUGACUGUUGUUAAUGCGAACGCCUCCGCUGUUACCUUGAUGUGGUAUCCACCCACUGAACCCAAUGGGAUCAUUGUACACUACACUAUUUACUACUCAUUUAACAACACUGUGACUGAGAAGACAGUUCCUGUUUCAGACUUAUCUUCCCACACCUCUCCUGACUCACCUCUCUCCUACACUCUGACUCGGCUGAUUGGGGGCAAUAACUACACCUUCUGGAUGGCAUCCAGCACUGUGCAGGGUGAUGGAGGGGUCCAUUCCGAGCCCUUAAUCCUGUUAUUACCAGAGGACGUGCCAAGUGACUCGGUCCAAAACUUGACGGCACAGAUCUUCAGCUCCACGGUAAUCAUAGUGAGCUGGGACCCUCCUCUGGAGCCAAACGGACGCCCCUACUACCUGCUCACCUUACAGGACGCAGGCAUCGUUCCAAACAUCUCCAACCAAGGGACUCCAGCUGUCAACAAGACCAUAAAGCACACCACAACUGACAACAUCUUCCUGUUCACCAAACUCAGGAAAUAUUUCCCUUAUGUGCUGACUGUUACCCCAGCAACUACUGCUGGCCCUGCCUACAACCAUACAAGCAGAAUGUACCUGAGAACGGAUGAUGACAUUCCUAGUUCUGCUCCGUUGUUGGUGUCCACCAGGAACCUGUCUUCGUCUUCCAUCGGUGUGGUCUGGCAACGCCCUCUGGAGGCCAAUGGGGAGAUAACAGAGUAUACCCUGAUUCUUGUUGGCCCGGAGGGCACCAACACGACACAUACCCCCAACACCUCGUUCGUCCUCACUAACCUACUUCCAUACACAGCUUACAAUCUCACGAUUACGGCCGCAACUCGUAAAGGCUCGGGGCCUAGUCUGCUGCUGCAGCUGCACAGCGAUGAAAGCGGUCCCACAUCUCCUCCCCGUAACCUGACUAUAUAUAACCACACGGCAGUCUCUGUGUGGCUGAGCUGGGAGCCUCCUCUAGAGCCCAACGGAGUGGUGAUAAAGUACGGAUUUCGGAUCCAAGACCUCAUCACACAAACCGUCACACAUCGGAAUUCCUCUGGUUCAUCAACCACAAAGUAUCUUUCAGGCUUCAAGCCCCACAGCUCCUAUGAGAUCAGUGUGUACAGUUUCACCAGAGUGGGCCAUGGGAAUCAGUUCAGCAGCCCUGUGUCCUUCACAACCAAUGAGUCAGUGUCUGACGCUGUAGGGAAUCUGUCUUGCUCAGGAGUGAGCUGGGAUUCAAUUCUGUUGUCUUGGGAAAUUCCUGCCAAUCCUAAUGGGCAGAUAAUUUUUUAUGAGAUUCAAGUGGAGGUAGACCAGCAGUCCUAUACACAUGAGGCCCAUACACCAGAGUACACAGUGACUGGGCUGUCGCCAGACCAGGAGUAUGCUCUCUCUGUAGCUGCUGUAAACUCUGCAGGACCAGGAGACAGUUUAAACUGUACAGCUUCCACCCUUUCAGAAUCAGUUCCUGCUGCCCCUCGAUUCCUCACCAUCUCUCAGGUCACACCUAACAAUGUGACACUUCAGUGGGCUCCACCACAUUCUGUUCCAGGCCUGCUUAAAGAGUAUCACAUCAUUGCACAGCUGAUUUCAGCUAACUGUGAACCAAGCAUAUCAGUUAAAGCUCACUCAACCCCGAAGGACGACCUGGCCCCGCAUUGCAUUGAACACAAUGUGACAGUGUCGAUAAAUGCUUCAGAUGCAGAACAGGAACAAAGCUUCACAAUCCAUCCCGUGGCUAAAUACAGAUACUACCGCUUCAAAGUUGCUGCUGUGACCAACGCUGGAGUCGGAGACUAUACACAGUGGAAAUAUGAACGCACCAUGGCAGGAAACCCUGAUGCUCCUCCCCGUGACCUGAAAGUGACUUCCACCUCCACCAGAUUUCACAUUGCGUGGGACGCUCCGGCUGUUCUCUCUGGACCGACUUCUUAUCUUGUGCAGGUGGAUGGUCCUGGGGUGAAUAUCUCAAUAGUCAGGGCUCCAGGGGAGUUGAUGACCGUUGUUGUUACUAACUUGACGGCUUUCAGUCGUUACUCUGUGACUAUCACUGCCUUCACUGGUGACUUGGAGCACGCUAGCAGUGAUGGGAAAGCCAUUGGACCCAUUUACUUUCAAACAAAGGAGGAGGAACCGAAAGACCCUCCAAAGAAUGUGACAGUUUCAGUAAUCCCAGAGGAAGUGCGUACUGUGAGGUUGACCUUUAACCCUCCAGAGGAGCCCAAUGGAAACAUCACAGAAUACAUUGUAUACAUCUAUGAGAAGGACCAGCUGGUCAGAAACAUUAGCCUUAACAUCAUCCAAAAAGAGAAUAACACGAUGGAUGCUGUAAUAGAAGGGCUAAAGGGAGGACGAACCUACAGUUUACAGAUUUCAGCAAAGAACGGGGCUGGCAAGAGCCCACUCAGCUCACGUGUCCUGAUUACUACAGGGAUCAAAGCCCCAUCCAAGCCAACCCAAAAACCCCAGGCAAUGCUGAGCUAUGGAGGGGUUGCCAUGGUUACCCACAGGAGUAUCACCAUCCACAUGCCUGCAUGUUUCUAUAGUGACGACAAUGGACCAAUCACAAAAAUUCAGGUCAUCGUGGCCGAGUCAGGGGUGAAGGACAACAAGAACGUGACCAACUGGAAGAGCGCGUACUAUGAUCAUCCCGCCCCUUACUUUACUGACUCAGGGUUCCCCAACCCCCCGUGCAAUGACUCAAGUAUGAAUGCACAUCUCAGAGGUGUGUUUAGAGAUGGUUGGUCACAGAGGUACAACCAAACUGCUGCAGAUAAAUAUGUGAUCGGCGAGAGCAAUGACUGCACGGGCAACAACACUGAGCAUUUCUGCAAUGGACCUUUGAAGCCUAACUCUGUCUAUGUGUUUAAGUUCAGAGCCACUAACAUCAACGGGGAAUACACAGACUCUGAAUACUCGGAGCAUAUCAAAACAGCUCCAGGCGAUGGGCUGUUGACCAGAGAAGAGCAGAUAAUUCUGGGCGUUCUGCUCUCCUUCUUCUUGGCUGUGUUACUCAUCAUCAUCAUCUGUGGCUCAGUCAAGAUCCACCAGCGUAAAAAGGAAGGUGGGACGUAUUCGCCCAGAGAGGCAGAGAUCAUAGAGACUAAGUGUAAGCUGGAUCAGCUGAUCGCCGUAGCAGAUAUGGAGCUGAAACAAGAAAAACUCAACCAGUAUUCUUCAUUCUUCUUUAGACGGAAAGAGAUUUAUGUGAUCCAGCUGCUCAGCUACAGGAAAUCACUCAAGCCUGUCAACAAGAAGUCUUUUCUGCAGCAUGUAGAGGAUCUGUGUGCCAAUGACAAUUCCAAGUUCCAGGAGGAGUUUUCUGAACUCCCAAAGCUGCUGCAGGACCUGGCCACUACAGACGCUGACCUGCCGUGGAACAAGUCCAAAAAUCGUUUCCCAAACAUCAAACCUUAUAAUAACAACCGAGUGAAACUGCUGUCUGAACCUGGCACCGCAGGCUCAGACUACAUCAAUGCUAGCUUUGUCUCAGGUUAUUUGUGUCCCAAUGAGUUCAUAGCCACCCAGGGCCCUCUGCCGGGCACUGUGGCUGAUUUUUGGAGGAUGAUCUGGGAAACGGGAACCCGCACUAUCGCCAUGCUCACUCAGUGUUAUGAGAAAGGCAGAAUUCGAUGUCACAAGUACUGGCCUGAAGACAACAAGCCAAUGUCAGUGUUUAGUGACAUUCUCAUCUCAAAGGUGUCAGAGGAAGGCUUUCCUGACUGGACUAUCAGAACUCUGAAAGUAGAAAAGCAUGGGCACUACAUUUUGGUCCGCCACUUCAAUUACACAUCGUGGCCUGAGCACGGCGUUCCAGAGUCUUGCAGUACGCUCAUUAAGUUUGUCAAAGCUGUCCGAAUGCACAGGCAGGACAAUAGCACUAUUGUUGUCCACUGCAGCGCUGGCGUAGGAAGAACAGGUGUGUUUAUUGCUUUGGAUCAUCUUAUUCAGCAUGUCAGAGAUCAUGACUUUGUCGAUAUUUAUGGGCUGGUGGCUGAACUGCGCAGCGAGAGGAUGUGUAUGGUACAGAAUCUGGCCCAGUACAUCUUCCUGCACCAAAGUACGCUGGAACUUCUAAACAACAAAGGCAACAGCCAGUCGAUAUGGUUUGUUAGCUACUCUGCUCUGGAGAAGAUGGACUCCCUGGAUGCCAUGGAAGGUGAUGUUGAACUGGAAUGGGAGGAGACCACUAUGUAAAAAACUGACUAAGGAACAUCUGUGAGAUUUCUUUGGGGUUUUUUGUGCGUCACUGUCACAUGACCUGUGGGCAGAUCCUGGAGAUGGAGAGGUCCAUCCCCACCAACCAAAGUAAGAGCAACAGGAGAUGAAUAUCUGCACUCAACGAUCUGUCUGAAGAACUUUGUCAGUCCACUUCAAAAUCUAUUCCCAGCACAGUCCUCUUUAUAUUGAACCAUUUGAACACUUGUUUCCAAAGACACUGCGAGGGAAAAAAGUGAAGAGCAGGGACAAAGAAGUUCAGAAAGGACAGGAAUAAAUGAGAAAUUGUGAGCUGAUCGUGAGAGCUCUAUCACAAGUGUAAGCCUACAGGUAUUUGCACAAAUCGAUUUCACUGUCUUAUUAUUAUUAUUAUGUAUUAUGUUCAUAUCAUCUGUGUUUUUUUUAACGUAAUUUAUUCAG